UGAGGGUGAGAGAGACAUAUAUAUUUAAACGCAGGCUCCAGGCAGACUUGUUCGCGGGCGGCUAACUGCCUUGUGAAAUGUAAGCCUUUCUGCUUCGCUCAAUGUAUAUAAGAUGCUGCGAAGAGGGAUCUCUACAAGAGUGUCAUACUGCGUGGCUUUUCUGAUCGUUUCAAGUAUUCGUAAGGGAGCGUUUUGCACAGAGGAUAUCAGGACAUCAUGCCAGGAGCGAGACGUUCUUCCCAGGAACAUCGUGAAUGAGGUUCGAGAAUAUGCCCCAGUCAUACAUUCCAUCAUCAAUGAGGUUGUGCGCGGCUCUGAGCGAAACAAGACCUACGAAGAGCUGGCAUUUUUUGUCGACACCUAUCGUACAAGAUUCACUGGUACAGCUACAUUAGAGAGAAGCAUAAACUACAUGGUCAAGUUGCUCAAGCGUCGCCGCCUCGACAAUGUGCACACGGAGCCAGUGAGAGUACCGCGUUGGGUUAGAGGAUCUGAAGAGGCUUGGAUGAUGUCACCGCAAUUGAAGAAGCUGCCCGUUUUAGGACUCGGAUACAGUGCGGCCACGCCUCGUCGCGGUAUUACUGCACCAGUCCUAGUCGUAGACUCGUUCGAAGAACUGCGGAAAAAUCGCCAAAAGGUGGUUGGCAAGAUUCUCGUCUUCAACCAGAAGUUCGUUUCCUACAGUGCGUCGGCAAGGUACAGGAAGCAAGGUCCAGCCGAAGCGGCAAAAGCUGGUGCUGUCGCCGUCCUAGUACGCUCGGUGACGCCAUUUUCCAUAGCGUCUCCGCACACAGGGUCCACGGAGUUUACCGAGAAAAGUAAUCGCGUACCAGCCGCAAGCAUAACGGUUGAAGACGCCGAGUUGUUGAAACGGCUGCAGAACCGAGGCAUAACUCCUGUCGUCAAGCUGAUCAUGCGCAACAAGGAUCUGCCUCCAGUUAUCUCCAGAAAUACGGUAGCCGAUAUAACCGGAAGAGAAAAACCUCGUGAGGUCGUCAUCGUCAGCGGCCACAUCGACUCCUGGGACGUUGGCCAAGGCGCCAUGGACGACGGCGGAGGUGCGUUCAUUUCUUGGCGGGCAGUGGACGUGCUCCGCCAGCUCGGGUUGCGGCCACGUCGCACUGUCCGCUCGAUCUUGUGGACAGCCGAAGAGAUGGGCCUCAUAGGUGCUGCGCAGUACUUCAAGGAUCACGGGGACGAAAAGAAGGAACGCGUGAACAUCGCCAUGGAGUCCGAUAUGGGAACCUUCAGGCCGAUGGGGCUCGGAUUCAGCGGACACAGUGAACGCGCAAAAUGUGUGAUUGCGGAAGUGCUCAGCCUCUUCAGCGACAUAAAUGCCACCGAACUGAGGACAGGAGCAGACGCACCAGACCUCGUGCAAUGGAUUUCAGCAGGAUUUCCGGUCGCGUCACUUACGACGGACAAUGGGAAAUACUUCUAUUUCCACCACACGGAUGGUGACACGAUGACUGUUCACGACCCGCUCAUUCUAGACCUCUGCACUGCCCUGUGGGCUGGCGUUGCGUACGUUCUUGCUGAUCUGCAAGACAGUCUGCCUCGGAGAUAAAUGUAGACACGGAGCGCUUCUAUUGCUUUGUGCUUUGAGGCAUUCAUGCAGCUUCAGACUUUCGUACGCACAUCUUCUCCUGCAUAUUUAGUUGUCUGUUUUUACAGCCACCGAACGGCGCUUGUCGCACUAGAAAAAGUCAGUGGUCUCAAAUUUUCAAAAGUGGCUUUUCUAAACGGUACUAUUAUCUGGUAUAUAGCCUGUGAGUGCUGCCGGUGUACCAUUUAGACAAUAAAAAUAUAUGAGCUAUGGAGCUAACAGUGAACAGUACUACACGCGGGCGGGCUGUUGUACGUACAGUGCUUAACCUUUCUAGAAGGCUUCUACGACCGGUACGAAAGGCUCCAAGAUUUCUUCACUAUUUGUAUAAUCUAAUUAAGAAACGGAAUAAUAAUUAAAGGAGCCAUAUAUCAGAAUGUCCAACGGAAGCAGAAGUGAUAUAUCGGGAAUACGCUUGAGCGCGAACCAAACCUGAACCGCAAAAGAAGACAGUAACGUUCACUGGUUCGGCACGAACGCUUCCAGCGUAAAAGGUGACAACGGGCGCUGAAUAUAUGGCACACUUCCCUGAACGACUUCUUCAAUUGGCUCACCCUACUAGGUUAUUGUUACGACUCACGACUUGCGUUGCGUGUGAGAAUGGGGAUAGAUGAUGGGUACGUGCUGGUCAAUAUAGCCACAUCGGCAGAGAGGCUUGCAUUUCUGAAGUAGGCCUUGCCAGUGGCGCUCCCCGGGUAUCAGGGGUUCGGCGGGAUCAGCACUUCUAGUUACGUUCCCAAUUCUGCCGUCAUGUCAACUUGUUACUAAACCUAGAUAAACAUGAAUAGCGGAAAAGACGAGGUCUUCACGGAGGGAUAUAAACAAGUAUAGCGACAUGACUUACUGCAACCAUAACCUGCGGUCGCUAAUGCAUGCCGUCACCUUCUCAGACCGCGGUUACCGCGCCUGUCAAAGGCGCGCGAAAUCCGCUUUUGCUACGCGUCAUGGCUCAAAGCAUCAUUUCGUAUUUGGCCAGGUAGAGUCAACCGUUUUUUGACUUGUAGAAGUUUCUCGUGGGGCGCAAUGUGCAUGGUCUUGAAUGCUUUGUCCGCACAUCGCCCCCCCCCCC